UGUUAGGCUUUGAUUUCUUUACUUAUCAAGUGUAGCUCAGGUGAAGCAGAGCUCUCCAGGAUGGAGUGUGACUCUAAUGAGUGUGUGAACAUGGAAUGGACAGAUUAAUCACAACCAAGAUUUUGAAUGCAGAGGGAGGAUCAGGAGUUUCAGGGAAAGAGAGUGUGACCACCAGGACACGUCUGACAUCCCUUCCUCCAAAGGGCAGCAGUAGUUCGGUGAACACUCAGCGGAUGCUCACGUCUACCUCUAGCUCUAGCUUGGGUUCUAGUUCUGGUUCUGGAGGAACGGUGCAGGUGGAGAAGAGGAUUAUCACCCAGAGCAGCACAGGAGGAGGAGGAGGAGGAGGAGGAGGAGGGAGCAGCAGUAAUGUCAUAUCCUUAGGUGGCUCAAGCAGCAGUGUGGUGCAGGGUGCGACUGGCCGCGUGAGCGGAGGAUCGUCUGUGACUCCAUCUUCUCUGGGAACUUCUUUAAGUGGAGCUGCUGGAGGUUUGGGAGCUUCUGGUGUAACCUCCUCCAUCGUUACAUUUGGGGUUUAUUCAGGAGGAGGCUCAGGGGCUUCUGCAAACUCCUCCGAGUCCUGGUCUUCCUCUCAGUUUGUGUCCAGCUCUUCUGGGGACUGUGGGAACCUUUCAGUUGGUUCUAUGAAUCUGUCAGGGGGUGGGGGUCACUCGUUAGUCAUGUCUUCUGGAGGAGGGGCUGUUAUGUCAGCAGGAGGUGGCUCUACCAAAUACACCACCUCCACCACCACUAGCGCCAUGAAGACUGGUAGCUACUCACCGGUCACACAGAGAAAAAGCAGCCUGACCCUGCGCACUGCAGGAUAUGAAGGAAGCUCCAGUGGCAACUCCUCCCCUGAAUAUACUAGGAAAGAGUAUGCAGCUGCAGCAGCAAGUGUAGCCACUAGAGGACGCACCCAGACAAGAGAGAGUGAGAUCAGAGCCAGACUGCAAAGUGCCUCUCCAUCCACUAGAUGGACCGAGCUGGAUGAUGUGAAGAAACUUCUUAAAGGUCGCUCCAGUAGCAGCAGUCCUCCCAGCUCUCCCACCAAUACACUACCCAUACCUAAAAAAGCUAGUGUGGAUACACGUAUAGAGAGCCACUCAGGUUAUGACAGCACUAUCCUAGAGUCUGCAUACAAUGGAUAUGGCUAUCACACCAACCCCAACAACCUCAGUCCCAACUCUACACUACAACACAAUGGACUUCAGAACAACCUGGCCUUCAACACCUCAACCAUGAGCAGUGGGCUUUCUGCUGGAAAUGCAGUGUACGGGAUGCAGAAUAACUUGGGCAGUGGUGGUGCUGGUGGUGCUGGUGGUAUGGCAAUCACUGCAAAUGGGAUUAGUGUUACUCCAGUAUACGGAGUGCCAAAGAACAUCGUGAGCACCUCAGCUUCAACAACUGCUGCAGCAGCUCCCAGCAGCCCUGUCACCAGCGAUGACGUGUUUGUUAAGGAUUAUAAGUUCAUGCUGCUGGAGAAAGACAACGUUCCAGUGAAGAAAGAAAGCGAGAGGCUGAUCAUGUCAAAAGACACAGGGAAAACAUUCACCUCCUCCACUACCACCACUGGACUAUCAACUACGUUUUCAGAUGACUCACUGAAAAGGGAGAAGAAGAUGAUUUCUGGAACCACAGAAACAGCCACAUUGUCAAAUGGCGUUAAAGUUGCUGCAACUAAGGACAAAGCUACAUAUGCAGAGAUUCGUAAAGAUGAAUCUGGAGGAGGUGGGAUGGGAUUCUGCUCCUGCUGUACCUGGUGGAAAUGGCUGCUUGGAUUGCUGUUGGGAUUGCUCUUAUUGCUGGGGCUUCUCGGUGGACUUAUAGCUCUGGCCGAGGAAGUACGGAGCCUAAAGGCUCGUGUGGAACGUCUGGAAGGCGGCUCUGUAAGUUCUGCUCACACCAGUCGUCAUUCCGCGCCAUCCUCUGUAAACAUCGUAGAUCCGCUCGAUACCGUACAAUACGAACGAACCCAAAUAACACGAGCAGAAAACACUAUACAACUAGGAUCUGAGGCACUGCAGCCUGACUCUCCCACACUGCAGAGGACCGUAAAACAACUCGUUCACUCUGAAUUACAGUCAGAGACCGUCAGAGCCACAUUGGCAUCAUCACUGAAAGGAGAGAGAGGGGAGCCUGGGACCAAAGGUGACCAGGGAUCUCCUGGGAUUAAAGGUGACGCAGGAUUUCCAGGAGUGCCAGGUCCUCCUGGUCCUCCAGGUCAUCCAGGACAAGAAGGUGCAAGAGGACCUAAAGGAAGUGCUGGUGAACCAGGACAUGAUGGCCCACCUGGACAGAGAGGCCGUGAAGGGCCAACAGGCCCCAGAGGAGAACCAGGACCACCUGGAGUUGGCGAGAAAGGAGAGAAAGGGACAUCUGGAGAUCCUGGACCUCCUGGACCUGCAGGACCACCUGGACCUAUGGGACUCAGAGGUGAAGUGGGUGCUCCAGGUACUGUGGGUAUCCCAGGGGCUCCUGGAUCUCAAGGCUUCCGUGGAGAUGCUGGUGAUCCUGGACCUAAAGGAGAGAGAGGGCCUGCAGGACCUUCUGGAGCUAAAGGUGAUCAAGGAGAGAAAGGGCCCCGUGGAGUUACUGGAGAGCCAGGACAGCCAGGACCCAUUGGGCCACCAGGAGAGAAAGGACCUAAAGGAUCAGCAGGCGCCCCCGGGCCAGAUGGUGUGAAGGGAAAUCGUGGAGACCAAGGGACAACUGGGUUGCCAGGUCCUCGUGGACCAGCUGGACCUCCAGGAGAUGCAGGCGUGCCAGGAACUCCAGGGCUUCAGGGACCACCAGGUUUGCCAGGAACACCGGGUCAGCCUGGAUCUAAAGGUGAAGCAGGUGAACCUGGAAGAGUUGUCACUGCAGGCUCUGCAUCCAACACUGUAGCUAUUCCUGGACCCCCUGGACCUGCCGGAGUUCCUGGGCCUGCUGGACCUCCUGGACUGUCUGGUCCCAUAGGCCCUGCUGGUCUUCCUGGUCCACCUGGACCCAAAGGAGCAAAGGGUGAUGAAGGUGAACCCGGCAUUUCUGCAAAAUCGGUUGAAAGAGUCAAGUUUGAACCUGUUACUGGGCUUCCUGGUCCUCCUGGCCCACCUGGACCCCCUGGAAGAGAAGGAGAACCAGGGAAACCUGGUGAGGGCAAACCUGGCCUACCAGGACCUGCAGGUCCACCUGGAGAGCCAGGUGUUGGUCUCCCUGGACCUCCUGGUGACAAAGGUGAACCAGGUAGCUUUGUACCCAACUCAGAAACCUUUUUUGCUGGACCCCCCGGACCUCCCGGACCUCCCGGACCUCAAGGCUUCACAGGAGAGCCUGGACAUCCUGGACUUCCAGGAGAACCUGGAGUUGGUUUUCCAGGGCCCGAAGGCCCAAGUGGAUCCCCAGGACCCAACGGCUUACCAGGCCCUCAAGGCCCACCAGGUCCUCAAGGGCCGCCGGGUUCAAAAGGUGAUGCUGGUGUCCCUGGAGCCCCUGGCAUCCCAGGAUAUUCCUAUGGUGGCGGCAGGAGCUCACCUGGACCACCUGGUCCACCUGGACCCCCAGGGCCUCCUGGAUCUCCUGGUGAUGCCACUGGCUCUCCAGACAUGGCUAAGCAGCUUAAUGACCUUCUUAGAAAUGAUGGCAUUAAGGAAUAUUUCACUGGUCCUCCUGGGCUUCCUGGACCACCUGGAAGUGUGUCUGAUGUCGAUUUGGCUAAUCGUAUUAUCAGUUACAUACAAAGGGAGGAGGUGAGGAAGUAUCUGGUUGGUCCCCCAGGACCACCCGGAGCUCCAGGUAUACCAGGCCUUAAUCCUCAAGAAGUGGCUGGGAGAGUCCUCAAUCUUAUGAACGAGCAGGGUAUAUUGACACAAUCUGGACCCCCAGGCCCACCUGGCCCUCCAGGACUUCCUGGAGCAUUCUACAGUGAUCUCCCACAUCUCCUACAAAAUGCUGAUUUUAGAGGUCCACCUGGACCUCCAGGUCCUCCUGGACCACAGGGCCCUCCUGGAAUGACAGGAGGCCUGGUGUCCUAUGCUGAGAACGCACAACAGGAGCCGAUCCGUGCUGAACUGCAGGAAUAUCUAAAGAGUGGCAGGGUGUUACGUGAUGAUCCAAGCUUUAAAGAGAGCAAAUAUUCGCCUGUUGAGACGUUGGACUACCGCAAUAUUGCAGAACAAGUGGUGAACUACAUCAAAUCUAACGGUUUGUUGUUGCGAGAUUUCAAAGAUUUUCAAGGGCCACCUGGACCUCCUGGACCACCUGGACGUCCUGGAAUGAGCCACAGUACUUACGACAACAUGAAUGAGAUAGUUAAAAUGAUUAGAGACCAUGGUGUUGUUGGACCACCAGGAAUACCUGGGCAGAAGGGAGAAAUAGGACAUACUGGUCCCAGAGGACAAAGAGGUCCUAGAGGUGAGCAAGGCAUCCCUGGUCUACCAGGACUUUCUGGCAGUGUUGGACCAAGAGGACAAAAAGGAGAGAAAGGAGAAACAGCCUACAUAAAUCACAGAAGAAAGAGAAGUACAGGUGUUUCUUAUUUUUAAAUAUAAAUUUCAUCAUUUUUGUAACCUUUUGUUGUGAAACUUUUUGUAAUAGCUCAACUAUAGGAUCGGUAAAUUUCUGAACACAACAUACAAAAAUGCAGUAAGGAAUGUACACAAAUCAUCGCUAUGUCUCGCUGACAGUCAAAAUGUCAAAAUUCUUGAUAUGAGAAAAUGUAUGUACAUAUUUCAUUUCUUUUAUAAUCCAAAGAUGAUCAAAUACUGUAGUCAAAAAGGGCACAAGUGUAUUGUUUCAUCGCAUUUCUUAAUCAACUUUAUUUCUUCUACUAUGAAUUUUUGAAGAAAAAAUGUUUAACUACAACAUUCCAUUCAGUUCCUGGUUUUCACAUAAAAAAAGCUCUGAUAUUGUCCUCAUUUUCAUAUUUGUAGUUUGGGAUUUUACAUGUAUUGUGAAACGAUUUGUACUUUUUUUUUUAACAUUUACUUCAUUUUACGCUUAUGCUAAUAAACUAGAAAGUAACGAUCAUAGCAGAACAUACUGUAUAUGUCAUAACUAUGUAUCUUACAGGGCAUUGAAUUGUUUUUGUUGUUUUUUCCUCUUCCGUAUACUUGGAAAGUGACUUUGGAUGAAAGUGUAUGCUGAAUGAAAAGGUUUUCUGUAUGAAAGUGAAAAAUGAAUAAAGUUUUUUAAUAAUAAUGAAAUCAAA